UUGGGGCUUGUGUUGUUGAAAACAACGUUGAAUUAAAAAAGAAAUUCUGUCAAAUAACGAGUUCACUUCAGAAUGAUACGGACUUUCCUGGAAUCGGGCUCACUCAUGGUAAUUCGAUGAUGGCAAUGGAGUAUUACGACGGAACUGAGCAUGUAGUUGACAUUAUCAUAUACGACAGCAAGCUUAUUGCUGCUUUUAUCACAGACAGUGGUAUGGUCAGACGACCCUAUUUCAUUGCAACAGCUAGGCGUAUGCCGUCAUUCCUGUCUGAGGACAAACAAGCAUGGCUUAUUGAAGCGGCCUAUAGAUGUUGCUUACAGAUAGGAUUGUCCGAUGGUACUUUUAAUGUCGAGUUUAAAGUAACCGAGAAUGGGCCAAGCUACUGGAAAUCAUUCGAGGAUGGCGGAUAUUGCUUAAAGGGAUUGGCUGAGGAAAUUGUACGGUAUAGACAUCAUGCUAUACUCUAUGAUGAUUGCAGCUGGUUUUCUCCCUUCGUACGUACACCUCCUGUAGAUAAAGUCCUUAUGGUGUAA